AAAUCAAGCAUAGAUAGAACAAGGUCGGGGAGAUUAAUAUAAGAUUAUUAACAUGGUAGAAACAAGGGCAGGGAGAGAUAGAGGGAGGCAUACAGUAGAGGAGGAGGAGGAGGAGGCGGUCCUUCUGCCAACUCCAGCCUAUCAGACGGAGCAAGGCGGUGCUCAGCAGUCAGGAAGGAGGGAGCAGAGCAGCAGCAGACACAGAGGAGAAAAAACAGAGCAUGUUAGAGCAGCAGGGAGAGGUGUGAAGGUAGAGGUAGGUAGACUGAGAGAUGCAGUGCCACAGUGUGAGGGUCUACGAGGCUGUCAGUAGCGCAACUCUUCAUCCUCUCGUCAGGGACCACGAUGUGUUAUGGAGCUGCGAUGCACAGAUUUACUGCAGAUGCAGCGAAUGCAGAUAGAAGUUCACCUUGAGCUGGAGUCCAACAGUGCCACUCUGGACCUCUGGGAUUACAAGAAGGGCACAUUGAUCCCAAGACCGAGAUGAACAGAGGUUUAAUCGGAUCUCACAACCUGCCAAACCAGGAGUGGCUACAGAAUCUUUAACUUUGGGAUCGCUGGUCCAGACACCAGAACGUCUGACGGAGAGGCUCUGAACAGACAGUGCAGGGCCAGAAAUCAAACAGGUAUACUUGCUUUGGCAGAAGCUUGACAGCUGUCUCCAAAACCAGACAGCAUACAGAACAAAGACUGUGACAUCUAAAGCUCACACUGGAACCCCGCAAAGCCACGACCAAGCAGGUCCUGCAGCCCAGCGACCCUGGAGCUGGCCUGACCUUGGACCGUCUGUCACCUGAACCCCUCGUGGCACCGGCAGAGACGUCCAGCAUGUCUCAGACCGGAGGACGGUUCCACAGCAAGAAGGCUGGCAUCCGAGCCGCCGUGAUCCUGAUCGGACUCCUGCACAAGUCUCGCAAAGCCAAGGAGAGGGAGAGGGAGAGAGAAAGAGAGAAAGAGGAGAGCGAAGGGAAACAGGAGCUGCUGAACAUUUCCAACGUCCCGCUGGGAGAAUGUCCCCCCUCACCGCCCCGCACUGCACCGCCCAACAUGAAGUCUGCAGAGUUCUUCGAUAUGCUGGAGAGGAUGCAGGUCCCGAAAGCGGAAGAGCCCAAAAGAUGGAAGGAUGACUAUAUCCCCUACCCACGGAUAGAAGCUGUCCUGGAGAAAGGUGGUCCAUACCCCCAGGUGAUCCUGCCACAGUUCGGGGGUUACUGGAUUGAAGAUGUGGAAGCACCAGCCGGGACCCCCUCUUCCUCAGAGUCCAGUUUCUGUGAGGAGGAGGACGGAGGAGAGGGCAUGAGCCCCGGUGGGGGGCACAGCUACCGCCUGGAGUGUAACAGCACAGCCCGCGCCUACCGCAAACACUUCCUAGGCAAGGAGCACAUGAACUAUUACUGCACUGGCAGCAGCAUAGGCCACCUCAUUAUGUCUCUGAAACACGAGGAGGCUGAGGGACAGGAGUACCUACGCAUCAUGCUCAGGUCGAGGAUCAAAACAGUCCAUGACAGGAUCUCUUUAGCAGGCAUCAACCAGCUGCCCAGUGUACCACAGAUUGCCAAGCUUCUGUGUGACGAUGCCACAGGGCUGAAGUUCAACCCUGCUCUCUACCCUCGGGGAUCCCAGUUGAUGGUGGCUUAUGAUGAACACGAGGUGAACAACACCUUCAAAUUUGGAGUCAUCUACCAGAAGUUUGGACAGACAUCAGAGGAAGAGUUAUUUGGGAACAACGAGGAGACACCAGCUUUCAAGGAGUUCGUCAGUAUCCUGGGCAACAAUAUUGAACUUCAGGACUUUAAAGGGUUCCGUGGUGGGCUGGAUGUAUCCCACGGACAGACCGGGUCUGAAUCUGUCUACACUGUCUUCAGACGGAGGGAGAUUAUGUUCCAUGUGUCAACAAAGCUUCCCUUCACAGAAGGAGACGUCCAGCAGCUCCAGCGGAAAAGGCACAUAGGAAAUGACAUUGUGGCCACAGUCUUCCAGGAAGAGGCCACACCGUUCGUUCCAGACAUGAUCGCCUCCAAUUUCCUGCACGCUUACGUGCUGGUGCAGGUUGAGAACCCCUGUACGGAGCACACAACAUACAAGGUGUCUGUUACAGCGAGGGAGGAUGUGCCUCCUUUUGGACCCCCUCUCCCGAACCCAGCUGUCUUUAGGAAGGGUCCUGAGUUUCGAGACUUCCUGCUGACAAAGCUGAUCAAUGCUGAAAACGCCUGCUACAAAUCCGACAAAUUCGCCAAACUAGAGGGGAGAACGCGUGCUGCGCUGCUGGACAACCUCCACGACGAGCUGCACAGACAGAGCCAGGCAACGCUGGGCCUUUGCCAGCCGGGAGAGGAGGACAAGCUGGAGAACGGGGGACACGGGGGUCUGCUAGAGUCCUUCAAGAGAGCCAUGCGUGUCAGGAGCCACUCCAUGGAGACCAUGGUGGGGUCUCACCGUCACAGGAGCCCCGGGGUAGGAGGUGGGGUCCCGGCCAGCGUGAGCGGAGGAGGACUGCCACAGAGCACCAGUGAAUGCACAAAGAGCACCUUCACUCCUCCUGUGUUGUCAGCCAAGUCUCCUCUGAAGAGCCCAGUGAAGCGGCGCUCAGGCCUCUUCCCUCGUCUCCACUCCAGCACAGAGUCCCCAUCGGACAAACACACACGCAGCGACCAAAAGCUUGCAGAGUUCUGCCCGCUGUCCCAAGAGGGGAGGUCAGAGACAUCAUCCAAUCCCAGCUCGCCUGAGAUUUGCCCCAACAAAGAGAGGCCGUUUGUCAAGCUGAAAGAGUGCGGCAGCAGCAGACCGAACAUCUCUCGCUCUUCGUCCAGCACCAGCAGCUUCAGCAGCACCACGGGGGAAACCGAAGCUCUGGAAGAACUGGAGACAGCCAGCCAUCCCUCCAUAACAUCCUCCUCCGCCUUUAGUCCUUCCCUCAGUGUCGACAGCCAGGGAUCCGGUACCCCUGUCAUCAUGUGCCGCAGUCCAACAGAUGUGAAAAGUAAGACGUCACCGAGGUCAAACUUGAAGUUCCGCUUUGACAAAAUGAGCCACUCAUCCACAACUUCCGAGUAGCUUUGUGGACUGGAAACAUCACACUUGCACAACAAAGGGACCGCGCGGGUUGAUGGAGCUGCAAAAAAGAAAAAAUAUCAACAACAACAACCACAAAAUCAGCGUAGAACCACUUCCAUACG